AUGACGCAGACCCCCAUGCCCACCGCCACCGCCGCGCCUGCGCCAGGGCCCGGGACCGCGCCCGCGCCGGAGCCUGGGCUGCCGGACGCCAUCGCGGCCGCGCUGCCGCCGGACCCGUACCAGCAGCUGGAGGUGGCCCGCAAGAUCACGGCCGUGGCCGUGGCAGCGCGCGCAUCCCGCCUCGAGCUCGAGGCCGCGCGGCUCCACCAGAGGCUUGCCGACAGGGACCGCCUCGCCGCCUCGCUCGCCGACAGGGCCGCCAAGCUCGAGCAGGCGCUCCGCGACGCCGACGCUCGCCUCCACGCCGCACUCGAUGACAACGCUAAGCUGAUCAAGGAGCGGGACUCGCUCGCGCAGACGUCCAAGAAGCUGGCCAGGGACCUGGCCAAGCUGGAGACCUUCAAGAGGCAUCUGAUGCAGUCACUGGGCGACGAUAACUCUGCAAUUCAGGAAACAGUAGACAUAAGAACCUGCGAGCAAUCGGUGGCGAAAGCGAAUUCCUGGAAAGAUGGACUAGCGAAUAGCCACCCCGUAUCCACUCUGGCCGGUGGAUCCACGGAAGCUGAAAGUGUAAAUCAGGAAGUGACGAGGCCACUUGAGCAGAAACUGACCAUCACUCACAUCAGACCACGCCUCACUUCUGAUCCUGCGCCGAAGCUGAGAUCCGUUGCCACUUCCCCUAGAAGAUACUCCACCGCGGUGUCGCCUAAACUGACGUCCAGCGCCACCUCGCCGCGGUUGGAAGGCCAUAUGGCGAUGUCCCCAUGGCUUCCCUCCAGCAAGAUGUCCUCUGCAGCCAACUCGCCUCCUCGUGGACGCUCCAUCUCAGGACGCACUGCAAGAGUAGAUGGUAAGGAGUUCUUUCGUCAGGCAAGGAGUCGCCUCUCCUACGAACAAUUUGCGGGUUUCCUUGCCAAUAUCAAGGAGCUCAACGCCCAUAGGCAAUCUCGAGAGGAGACCCUCAAGAAGGCGGACGAGAUCUUCGGCGCAGAAAACAGGGACCUCUUCAUGUCGUUCCAGGGGCUACUUAGCCGUAGCUUGUCAUAG